AUGGGCGACAAAACUUCAUUCCUCAAGACUCUUGUCGUCCCUGCGGUCAUCUCUCUCGCACUCUUCGUUGUCCUAUCCUACAUCUUGAUCCCGGCAUACAACCGCUACCGAACGCGCUACUCGCAAUACCUGCCUAUCGAGAGCAUCACUGCCACGGGCAGCUCGCUCCGCGAAAGACUCAUCACACGCAUCGCACGGUUCGCAAAUCGACGGGAAGAGAGGCACAUGAGCACAGAUGCGUUGUCUAUAGACAAUGGAGACGAGGAAAUUGAUGAUAGCGAAGGUGAAGAGCUGGGAGCGGUGGAUGCGCGCGCGAGGAGGAUGGUAGCGAGCCAUAGACGGGCGGACAGUCCCGAUCCACCGAGGUUGAGUAGAGAUCUGGAGGCAGGGUUCAGAGACGACAGCGACGACGACGACGAGCCGCGACGGUGA